AUGAGAGACCGCAGCCUCCAUCACGGGAGCAUCUAUCGCUUCGCUAGUCUGCUGGCCUUGGCUGGCUCAGCAUCUGCCCACUCUUGGGUAGAGUAUGCCUCCAAGAUUGCCCCCAACGGCACCCUCGUCGGCGCACUUGGUUUUCCACGAGGAUACAUGCCCCGUAGCCAGGCCGGUUGGAACGACAAGAUCCCCCAGCUCCUGCUCCCAGCACAAGGCACACAAGCCUACACCGGCAAGGAGGUUCUCAACAAGUUCCCCUUUACGGAUAAGCCUCAGCACCCGAUGCUCGAGGCCGCCCCCGGAGACCACAUCGCCAUCAUCCACCUAGAGAACGGCCACGUCUCCCUGCCGCAGAACCAGCCGAAGAAGCCCAAGAACCGCGGCACCAUCUUCCUCUACGGCACGUCCCAGCCCAAAGAGCAGGAGAAGCUCUUCGACGUCCACCUCCUGUGGAACAAGGGCGGCAGCGGCGGCGACAAGCGAGGCGUCCUCCUUGCAACUAGAAACUACGACGACGGCCAGUGCUUCCAGCCCAACACUGCGUCCAUUACGAAUGAGCGCGUGUCCAAGUACGGCGCUGAUGGAGCCAAGAACUCCCAGGAGCUGCCGUGCCAGUCGGACGUCAAGCUCCCGGAUAACCUGAAGCCCGGCAGCGUGUACACCAUCUACUGGUACUGGGACUGGCCGAACCUGGACUCCACCAAGAUUGACAUGGAGAAGACUGCCCAGGGAGCCUUUCCCUGGGCUGGGUCGUUUAUGCGCGGCGACAAGGUCCCCAACGGGUGGAAGAUGGAUGCCAUUACCCUCAACGAGAGCUACGCCAGUGUUAUUGACAUCAAGAUUGGCGAGGCGCCAAAGGGGUUUAAUGCCAAGGAUGCCGGCAAGGACGCCUGGGUUGCCAAGCAGAAUAUUUACUCCAUGGCCAUCAAGGACCAGAUGAACAAUAACUUUCAGGUCGAUGUUGAUGGGUAUGGAAAUGGCGGUGGGCAGGGCACUGCUCCUCCGCCUGCAAGUCCUAGUGCUCCUGCGUCUGCACCAGGUUCGUCUCCCUCUGGUGCACCUGUUGCUUCAGGGCCUCAGUCCCAGCCUCGCGGUAUCACCACCGUCAAGGAGACUGUUACCGUGCCGGCUACCACGCUCAUCACAACCGUCUUCCGGACUGUCACCCCCAGCCACAGCCAGGAGGAGUUGCCUCUGGAAACAACAGUCACGGUGACAACUCGCGUUCCCCCACCAGCCGUGUUUGUAACGUCUCGUCCGGGAAAUGCCUCUGGAGGUACCGGUAGUAGUCCUGAGCCCACUGGAAAGCCAGGCUACCGAGUGAAGAGAUUUUAA